GCCAAAUCCUGCGGUUUGCGUUCUAUGUAAUGAAUAAUGGCCGUUUCAGCACAAAGGAUGACAGGCAUGCUGACUGGUCAUCUCACCCACAUACGCAGUCGAUGGUUCUGAUCCUGCUCUAGGCUCGUGUGGCCGCCGUGUGGCCGCAGUGAGUGCAUGCUGUUCAGCGCUGCGUUCACGCCAUGCAGCUGCGUUAUCUGACGGUGAGCAAAGAUUCUACCCCAUCACAUCUCUCCGUCAUACAAGUGAUUCAUUUAUUGUCUUUGCUGUGUGUCCAGAACCUGUCGCCUGCCGGCGAUGGGAUGCAGAAGAUCACGUCUGCGUGCUGGUCGCCCAACAGCCAGCGGCUGGCCAUCGUGGCCACAGACAAGAUCGUGCAGCUCUUCGAUGAGUCGGGCGAGCGGCAGGACCGCUUCAGCACCAAACCGGCAGACAAGAACCAGCGCACCUAUGUGGUGCGGGCCAUGGCUUUCUCGCCUGACUCGACCAAGCUGGCGAUAGCCCAGUCCGACAACAUCGUGUUUGUGUACAAGCUGGGGUCCGAUUGGAAGGACAAGAAGUCCAUCUGCAACAAGUUCCAGCAGACGGCCAGCGUCACUUGCCUCACCUGGCCCCAGGCACACCCCAAUGAGGUCGUCUUUGGCCUCACCGAGGGGCGUGUCAAGGUCGGCCAGCUCAGGACCAACAAGGCCGCCACGUUGUUCCAAACAGACAGGUCAGCAAGAAGGCAGGCAGGCUCGGAGGCACUUGUUUCUCAUCUAGAAUGGCCGUCUUCUGUUCCUCAGCUUUGUGGUGUCGCUGUGUUCGUCGCCCGACGGCCACUCCAUCCUGUCGGGCCACCUGGAUGGUUCCAUCUAUCGGUUCUCGUUUGAGACGGACACGUCGGGCGCAUCGCAUCAGAAGGUGGCCAGCUUCGGGACGCCAGUGACGGCCCUGGAGUGGGGGGCGGGCAUCGUCGCCGCUGGCAACACGGGCGUCGUCAGGUUCUACGACUCGACAGACGGACGAGAGGUGCGUGCGCAAUGGGCAGGAAGAACAUUUGAUGCUUCCGUGAUCGAUCAUGGUGUUUGUUGCUCAGGUGCGGAAUUUUGACUACUCCAACGAUACGUCGGUCAAGGAGUUUACGUGUGCGGCCUUCAACCCGAGCGGCGAGAGUGUCGUGCUGGGCAACUACAACCGCAUCAUGGUGUAUGCCUACAAGCAGAGGACGGCCCCGCAGCGGCGCGGCGGGCCCCUGGCGCGCGGGCAGCCACACGUCAUCCAGGAGUGGGAGGAGGUGGUCAGCAAGAUCAUACCCAACCUCUACACCGUCACGGCACUCUGCUGGAAGCCUGAUGGCUCACGUCUUGUGGUCAGACAGCGAAAGGAGAGGUCGGUGAGUGGGCUUAUCUGUCUUGUUGUCCUGUCCUGUCUGGUUGGGUAGGUAGGAUCGUUGUGUGGGUCAGUGGACGUGUUUGACGCGUGCAUCCGGCGGGCGAGGUACAAGGGCAUCUUCGACUUCACCUACAUCGCAGCCAGCCAGGUAGACGGAUGGAAGGUGACCGAACCUCUGGUGCCAUAACAUUGUGUUGGUGUAUGUGUGGGUCAGGUGAUCGUUCGCAACAGCAAGACCGGCGGGAGCGCCAUGGUCAGGUCGUCUGCGGGAUACGAGAUCAAGAAGCUCAAUGUCUUCCAAAACAGGUGAAUGAUCCGGCACGCACUCAUACGCACAGCCACCCAACACUCAGACAAGCGAGCUGCCUUGGUGUAUAGGUACCUGGUUGCCAACACGGUGGCGUCUCUGCUGUUGGGUGAUUUGGAGACGGGCAAGACGUCCGAGAUAGUGUGGCCUGAGAGCGGCGGCGAGAAGUUCUACUUCGACAACCCAAAUGUCUGCAUGGUCUUCAGGGUACCACAGCCCCCCACAUGACCCCCACGCGAAGGAACGGUGUAUCAUGAUGCUGGUGCUGGUUGCAGGCGGGUGAGCUGUCACUGGUCGAGUACGGCAGCAAUGAGGCGCUGGGCUCGGCCCGCACCGAGCACAUGUCGCCGCACCUCAUAUCGGUCCGCAUCGACAAAUACGGCGCCAGCAAAAUGGUUGGACGGACCACAUAGCCUGCCUGCUUGAGUGGAUGGAAGCACCUGUCGGUCGGUUCUGCCGUGUGUGGGGUGGGCAGAAGGGUUCUGGUGGUGGCCCGCUGAAGCUGAUCGCCUACCUGCUGGACCUGCAGACCAUACGGUCGGUACACACGCACACACACACGGAGGAGGCAUGUACGCAACCGUAUGUGUGUGUGGCGCUUGCUGUCUGGUCUGCACGUCAGGAUAUCAGAUCUGUCGAAUGGCCAGACGCUGGCCACUGUCAACCACGACUGUCGCAUCGACUGGCUGGAACUCAACCCCGCGUAUGUGACCAACACCCAUCACCAUGCCAGUCCAGUCCACGACCCCCAUGUGUGUGUGCAUGCUUCCUUCCUUCUCUUUCAGUGGUGAUCGGUUGCUGUUCCGCGACCACCGCCGUCAGCUGCACCUGUACACGUUGGAGAAGCAGAGCCGCACCACCCUCCUCAACUACUGCAACUACGUCCAGUGGGUGCCCGACAGCGAUGUCGUCGUCGCGCAGAACAGACAAAACCUCUGCGUCUGGUGAGUGAGUGGAUCGGAGUGGUAGGCACCAAAGCAUGUGUGAUGUGUGUCAUUCAUGGUCAUCCGUGUUGCGGCUGUCUGUCUGCAGGUAUUCGAUAGAGGAGCCCGACCGGGUGACCAUGACUGAGAUCAAGGGCGACAUAGAAGACAUCGAGAGGACCAAAGGUAGGUCAUCGAGGGCGGGGGAGGUUGCAGACGAUGGACCGCAUGCUUGUCUUGUGUGUGCAGGUCGGACGGUUGUGUUGGUUGACGACGGCGCGGGGAAGCAGGAGUACGAACUCAACGAGGCACUCAUCUCGUUCGGCGGAUGCAUUGAAAGGAGACUCUUCGGACAGGCACGCAAACAUACCCACACACUGCACACGCGUGAACACAUUUGACGCAUCCUCUCUCGUCAGGCUGUGGUGCUGUUGAGUGAGCUGGCCCUGACGGCCGAGACGGAGGCCCUGUGGCGGCAGCUGGCUGAGGCAGCACUCGACGAUGAUGCGCCCAAGCUGUCGGUCGCACAGAGCUGCUACGCCGUGCUCGGGGACGUUGCCAAGGCUACGUAUCUCCAAAAAGUGCGGCGGAAGGGCUCUCUGUAGUGUAUCUGUCCGUCCCGCCACCCAUCUCCCUCUGUGUUUGUCAGGUGAAUGCGAUUGUCAAAUCCCAUGCCGCUGAGUUUGGGGGCGACGGAACCAGAUACUACCUCGUCCAGGCAAAGUGACCCUUCCACACGCAGAGGCAUCGAUCGCAUCUCGCUCUGGAUGGAUGGAUGGAUGUGUGCAGGCUGGCGAUGUUGUCGAAGCAGUUUCAGCGUGCCGAGGCAUUGCUGCUGGACCACAACGACCUCGAGGGCGCCAUGACCAUGUACCAAGAGCUGCACAGGUGGGUGGGUGGGGUGGCUGCAGUGCAGUGCAGUGGUGUGCUGUAUGCACGCAUCGCUCACGUAUAUAUAUUCAUGUGCAGGUACGACGAGAGCAUCCGUCUGGCUGAGAAGAAGAACCACCCCGACGUGCAGCAGCUCAAGCUGCACUUCCUGCAGUGGCUCAUGUCUACUGGACAGGUGGGCUCAGGACAAACCAAGCCCACAGAUCCACUUGUUUGACUCAAGCUGCCUACGCUUGUCUGUGUGUGAGUCACACAUGUCAGGAGGAGAAGGCUGGCGAGUUGCAGGAGCGUGAGGGCAACUACUUCAAGGCCAUCGAGCUGUACGUCAAGGGCGGCCUCCCCGCCAAGGCGGCCAUGGUCGUCAACAGACACUCGGCAUCCUACUCGCCGGAGCUGCUGCAGCGGAUCGCCAGCGCCCUCACUGCCAGCGGCAUGCACGACAAGGCGGGGGAGGUCUUCGAGAAACUCGGCAUGAUCAAUCCAGCCAUGGACUCUUACAGGUACACAUCCACGCGCACAUUUCACCCACUCUGUAAUGCUGGUGCGUGUGUCUGUCUGGAGUCAGGAAGGGUCAUGCGUUCCGCAAGGCGGUUGAGUUGGCCAAGGCGUCCUUCCCCGGGCUGGUCGUGACGCUAGAGGAGGAGUGGGGCGACUGGCUGGUGACGCAGAAGCAGGUCGACGCCGCCAUACAGCACUUCAUCGAGGCGGGCUGCUCGCAGAAGGCCAUCGAGGCCGCCAUGGCCGCCAGACAGUGGAACAAAGUCAGUGAGCGAAGCCGUGGCGAGCGGGCCAUUCACCUGAGGAAUGACGUCUCGAUACGUGCGUGUGUGUGUGUGUGUGUAGGCUGAACAGCUGCUGGAGUCGUUGAGGGACCCGACGGUGGCGCAGCCCUUCUACAUCAAGAUCGCCCAGCACUACGCCGCCGCCAAACAAUACGAGAACGCAGAACGAUUCUACAUCAAGGUAGAUCCAGCCUCCCUCACACACGCACCCGCAGGCACCAACACAUGAAUGAGUAAUUCCGUGUGCGCAUCUAUGCAGGCCGACCGUCCGUACGAUGCCGUGGCCAUGUAUGUGGAGACCAACCACUUCGACCGCGCCAACCGUGUGGCCAAGAUGCACCUCUCCGCCGCAGACAUGAAGGAGCUCUACUCGUCCAUGGCAAGGAAACUAGAGGGACAGAACAAACUCAACGUACGCACACAAGCAUGACAUUCAGCAGCGCAUCAUGAAAUUACGCGUGUCUGUGUGGUGUGGAUGUCUGGUGUGUAGGAGGCAGAGUUGGCGUACGUGUCGGUGCAGGAGUACGACUUGGCCAUCAACAUGUACAAGAAGCGCGAGGACUUCGAGCAGAUGCUCCGACUCGUCGCCAAGUACCGCCGAGAACACCUACUUGACUCGUACAAGCUGGUCGCCGAACACAUGGAGAGAAAGGGAAACCUCAAGGCCGCCGAACACUACUACAUCGGUAAAGGAAGAAGCAAGAUAGCCGGAAGUGCACAGCACAGCACAGCACAGCACAUCGCCAUAAGUGAAUGUGUGUGUUCAAUCAGAGGCCCGUGCGUGGCAGAAUGCGGUGCAGAUGUACCGUCAGCUAGACCGGUGGGAGGACGCGCAGAGGGUGGCCAAGCUCCAGGGCGGCCAGGGCGCAUUCCAGAAGGUCGUCCUCGCACAGGCACACGAAGUCUCGAAGACACACGGGCCGGACGCUGGCGCACAAGUGCUCAUCAAGGUGGGUGUGGGGGAGUGAGUGAGGGAGGGAGGGAGGGAGGGAGGAGUAGGGGACCAUGCGUUGUCGUGUGUGUGUCAGCAUGGUCUGGUAGAGGUGGCGAUUGACUACGCCCUGCAGCACAACAACUUCGACCAUGCGAUCGAGCUCGCCCAGACCUCGGCACGACACAAGGCAAGCAUCUCGAAUGCGCCGACCGCACCCACAUACACUCAUCGCCGAUUGACGACCGGUCUCUGUGUGUGUGUAUGUGGUCUGGUGGACGGCACGAAUCGAAUCAGCUUCCCGACAUCUAUCUGAAGAAGGCGCUCAUGUACGAGGACCAGGAGGAGUUCAGACUCGCAGAGGAACAGUUCAUCAUGGUACCCAUCCAUCCAUGUGGACAUUCAUCAGGCCGGCCAGGCCAAUGCACACUCUUUUUGUAUGUCAUCAGGCCGGGAAGCCCAAGGAGGCGGUCGACAUGUACAUGCAUCAGCACGACUGGGUUUCUGCCAUGAGGGUAGCAGACGCACACGACAGGUCGCUCGUCACAGAGGUCAUGAUGGGACACGCCAAGGACCUCUCGGACCAAAACCAGUUCCAGGUAGGUACCUACCUGUUGGACCAUUCUCACAAUGAGCAUGGAGUGAAGUAAAUGGUGUGCGUCUGUGUGUGUUUUCAGGCAGCUGAGAAUCUGUUCAUCAGUGCCCAGAAGCCCGAGAUGGCGAUAUCGAUGUACACGGGGCGCAACAUGAUCAACGAGGCCAUCCGCGUGUGCAAGAAGCACUGCCCCCACCUGCUGUGGGAGGUCAUGGCCACCUACGGACCCCAGUCACGACCCGGCGGCGGCGCACAGAGGGGCGGCAGCGUCGAGGAGACACUUGAAACAGCAAAGGUGGCCAUGGCGAAGACGCCGCUUGCGUGGCCGUGUGUGUGGAUGGAUGGAUGGAUGGAGGAUGUGUGUGUUGUGCAGGCCUACGAGGAGGCGGGUCAGUGGGGCUACGCCAUUGAUGCGUAUCUGUCCAUCACCUCGAGCGUGCUGCCAAACCCAGACAAACUCGAGGAGAUAUGGGAAGCCGCGGUCAGACAUCAGACCAACCACACACACCCCAACCCACUAGACACGUACCUCGGCCGUCUCCCUUACUGUGUGUUCUGCAGAUCCGUUUGGCCAUGACCAACGUACGUGACAGGUACCCCUCAGUGGUGCGUGACGUCGCCGCCCGCCUGCAGGCCAUCGACCGCCUGGAAAGCGCCGGCGAUCUGUACGAGUCCAUGAACCAGUACCGUGAGGCGGUGCAGUGCUACGUGGCUGUCGAGUCAUGGGACCGCGCCAAGGCCGCGGCGAGCGCCGCGGGCACCUCUGACCUGCUGGUGUGGGUGGAGGAGGAGCACAAGAGGGCCCUGGUCAAAAGGCAGGACGGCGAGUCGCUGCUCAAGCAGGGGGAGCUCACCACCGCACUCGACCUCUAUGCCAGGAGUGGCGAGUGGGACAAGUGCCUCGCACUCGCCGAACAGUCGGCUCCCCAGCUGCUGCCACAUUACGUGCUUCAGAAUGCAAAGGUGACUGGGUGGGUGGGUGGAUGAAGGCAUGAGGACAUCAAUGCAGGUGUUGGCAUGUGAUGCAGGUGCUGGUGAAGCAGGGCGAGAUGGUCCAGGCGGCGCAGCAGCUGGUGCGGCACACCCGGUCGCUCAUAUCCCUCGUCAAUGCCCCGCCCACCUCACAGCAGGCACCUGCACAGAACAUCUUCCCCCUGGUCAAACUCAUCACCGAGCAGCUCCUCAGCGCGCAAGAGGCGCUCCCCUCCACACAAAUACUCAAGGAGCUGCUCGUCAGGUCAGAGAAUGGCCUACACAGAGGCAUGGAUAUGGUGCAUACCGAUGCGUGUGUGUCCGUGUCCGUGUCCGUGUGUCCUAAUAGGGUGCUGGGUGGUGCCAGCGGUUCGUCAUCACUGAGUCUGGCCCAGGUGCAGGCGCUUCAGAGCCCCGCCGCGAGCGAGUUCCAGAAGCACCUCAUGCUCGCACACCUCAUGACCACAUACGUACGUACGCAACACAGCGCAACAUCUAUCGGCACACAGGUCAGGUGUGUGGCGCACCGUGUCUGUGCGUAUGUCUGUCUGGCAGGCUUUGUGCAAGCAGCGGGCCAACAAUGGGCUGAGGGAGGUGUGUGCCAAGCAGGCAGUGGCCAUGCUGAGGUGGGGUGGGCAGAGAGCCGGCAUGGAGGGAGGGAUACUCACUCGCCACACAGGUAGGUGCCGUGGAAUAUCUGAGAUGGAUGGCAGGUAUUGCACCGAGUUGCCAGCGGACAAGGCCUUCUACGACGCCGGCGUGGAGUGCAAGAACGUCGGAUGGAUCAGCAUGGCAUUCACGCUCUUCAACAGGUAGCUACAUACGCAGGCAGGCAGGCAGGCCAGGUCGACAUGCAUGAACACCAGUGACACAGACAUGCAUGAACACCAGUGACACAGACAGACCUUGUUGCUUAUGGCGUGUUUGUGCUGUGUGUGGUGUGUGAAGGUACUUGGACAUUGCUGAGGCGAUAGAGGACCCCGACAACUCGACCAUAGACAACACCGACUUCGAGGACAGCGACAUCCCCACACCAUAUGACCUCAACCUGCCGGAGCGACAAUCGCAGUAAGUACGCACAAAUCACCCCCACACAACACAACACACACACCAGUCCAAUUGGUGGAUGGGCGGUGUGUGCUGUGCAGGUCUGCGUCGACCAAGGACGAGGUGAAGGAUCUGGUCUUGAGUUGGAGUGUCGACGCCAACAUAGAGAGCGGCCUGCAGAAGAGGCAGUGCAACAGCUGUCAGGGCGACAUGUACUUUGCCUCACUACGCGGCCCCUGCGGCGCGCAAUACGAAAUGUGCUGCGUCACAGGUACGCAUGGCAUUCACUACACAGCACAGCACACGGACGGACAAGCCACCGAAGGCAAGCGCCUGCUGUGUUGCGUGACGUGAACGGUGUCUGUCUACAGGGUUCCCCGUGAGCCCGGCGGAUCGCGUGCAGUGCUCCACAUGCCAGAGCCCUGCAAACAGGUAGGUGAUGAUUCAGACAGCGACUGCUGUGUAUCUGGGGGGAACGUGUGUGUGAAUGUGGCGAUUGCAUUGCAUUGCAGGUCUGACUGGAAUGCGUAUGUGUUGACUUUUCACCAGUGCCCGUGGUGCAGCGCCCCCCAGAACCCCGCGUACUAAUCGAGAGCCGUGGGGUGCCUGGGUGCCAUGUAGUUGGUAAAGGGAGGGAGGGCCUCACGGAUUGUGAUAGCGGGAUGGCGCUGCGUGGGUAUGCGAUUGCGUGUGAGCUCUGUCGGUCGGUGGUGUGCAGUCGCUCCCUAUCUGUUUGUCUGACUGUGUGUCCGUCUGUAGUCGUCUUGUCGGUAGUGUGUACAGACUGACAAACUGACAGACUGACUGACUGCAGCGGAAUGAAUGGAUGGAACCAUGUCA